ACUGGUUUGAAAUUCAAACCUGCAGUCGUGCAUGACACCUUCUUGAUCUUAUCCCCAAAUCUUAGCCAUUCCGGUAUCUGUUUCUUACAGAGUCAAAUAUGUUAUGCUGAAUUCUGACAAAUGGAGCCAUAACGCGUGCCAUGGAGUAGAUGUAGACCCUCUUCCACAAUUAUUUUCAUUACUCAACUCACAUCCAAGAAAUGUAUACUCGAAAAAGAGCACCGGUGCCACUCUUCGCCUUCCUCUUCUUAAGCUACUGUUGCGCCCAAACUGUCGUACCCAAAACCCUUGUAGCCCCCAUUCUUAAAGACCCAUCCACCCUCCAAUACCUCACCACACUCCUCCUCGGAACCCCUCUCCGCCCUGAAACCGCCGUCGUCCAUCUCGGCAGCUCCUAUACGUGGCUCUCAUCCACCAACUACACCUCCUCCACCUCCCGCCCUGUCCCGUGCUCCUCCCUGCUCUGCACCAAAGCCGACUUCACUCGGUGCUCGGACAAUGGCACCUGUGGUGUGUUUCCCCAAAGCAUACACACCGCCGACAAUGCCCCCCUCAUCCAAGAUCGUGUGGCCAUCAAAUCGAGUGACGGUCAUCUCAACGCCUUCUCGGACUUCACAUUAGCGGUUGCUCCUUCCCAUCUUUUAAAAUCUCUCGCCGCAACAGCCACUGGAGUGGCCGGACUUAGCCGCUCUGAUUACUCGCUCCCAAAACAGAUAUUCAAACAAUUCGGCGUUCUCCCCAAGUUCACUCUCUGUCUCACUCGCUCGUUCAGGUCACCGGGUGUGCUCUUUUUUGGCCAAGGGCCCUAUCUGCUUCAGCCCGGCGUCAACUCAUUGAAGGGGCUCGCAUACACACCACUACUCACUAACCCAGUGAGCACCGCAAUGGUCGCCGAGCCCGGGACACCGUCGCAUGAGUACUUCAUUGGGGUGAAGGCCAUCCGUGUGGGGGGAAAGCCUGUCAACUUUAGUGCUUCUCUCUUAGAGAUCGAGCCUGCACACGGUGAUGGUGGCACCAAGAUUAGCACUGUUGACACUUACACAAGGCUCCAUACCUCCAUCUAUACAGCGGUUAUCGAGGCUUUCGCAAAGGAGGCGAAGCGCAUGAACAUGAGAAGGGUUCCGAGGGUGAAGCCUUUCGGGGCAUGCUACAAACCCAAAAGCGUGGGGAGAACGAGGACCGGGCCGUCCGUGCCUUUGAUUGAGCUUGUUAUGGGCAAUGGAGAGGCUACUUGGCCCAUAUAUGGUGCUAACUCUAUGGUGGAGAUGAGCAACGGUGCUCUUUGCUUAGGGUUUGUGGAUGGUGGGCAUAGAGAUGGAAUGACUGCUGGGCCAGUGACUUCCAUUGAGAUUGGAGGGCACCAGCUGGAAGACAAUGUGGUAGAAUUUGACAUGGAAAAAUCUAGGGUUGGGCUCAGCUCCUCCUUGCUGCUUCAACAAACCACCUGUGCUGACUUCAAAUUUUUACUUUGAAGUUUUAUUUUACUGUUGCUCUUUGCAUUUUUUUUUUCUUUAUAGUAAUUUGAGUCUUUAGAGAAUGGUGUGGUUUGUAUAAGGCUGAGAACCUAAAUAAUCAAAAUAAGGCGCGCCUUCCUAUA